UGUGACUUCCACUUUUCACAAUGACGGUUUUCCAGCCUUGCAUAGAAAAGCUUGAGAACAUUGGAGAGAGCACGGUUACAAGCACUGUCGGGUAGAAGUGAUUGACAGGAACCAGCGACAGAGGAUGGAGGAGACUUAUCUACUGAAGGAAAGACUGCAAGCCAUCACAGAAAAAAGGAAAAUACAAGAGAAAAUCACAAGACAGCGGUUUGAAGUGGAUGAGGAGAAGCUGAAGCUUAAGCACUUAAAGUCCAAGACUUUGAGAGAACGAUGGCUUCUGGAAGGAGUGGCCAACAUAACUCCUCAAGAACAAGAGGCAAUAAGAAAGCAGCAUCAAGAGGACCAGCACCAAUCCAAGCAAAUGGAACAAAAGAUUCUCAGGCUUGAAGAAGAAAUAAAAUUUCUUGAAAACAAAGAAGCCCAAAUUUCAUCUAAUGAACAAGUGUUACUGAAAAAACUGAAAGCAACAGAAAGAUCCACAGCAGAUAUAAUUAAGGCAGCACAGGCCGAGAGUGAUCAAGAUCAGGUGAAGUUUGUAUAUUCAGAAUUUUCAAACCCUGCAAAACAAUAUCAGUCUCAGGUAAAGAAGAGGACAGCAAGUCCAGAUGAUGAAACACAAGACCUAGGACAAACCAAAGCAGCUUUGUUUGCAGUGGAAAUCAAUGUCCAAAAGGAUAUGAAGACUGGAGAAAGCACAGUUCUAUCAACUGUACCAGUGACGGUUGAUGAAAUCAAAAACAAAGGUGUGAAAGUCUAUGAAGAUGGGGCCAAAUCAGUGUAUGCUUUGUGUAGUGAUGGAGGACUGGUUCAGAAUGGCAUCAAUGACAUGACUCAUGAGGAGGUGGAAGCAUUAUUACAAAAGGCUGGUGAGAAACAAGCUAAUAUUCCUGCGACAUGCCAUGCCCCGGUUUACUCGAGUUCCUACAGCAGCCCCCACUAUCCAAAAAUGUUUAUCAAUGAGCAGGUGGACUUUGAACCAAGGAUUCAAGAAAGCAUGACUGAAAGUGAAGGAGUUGAGAGGCAUAAUCCAGUGAAGGCUCAAAUCUAUAGAAACAAUGAUGGUGAUAUAAACCAGGAAAGGAAUUUGCCCAGUUAUCAACAGGCAAUGGUCACUCCUGCUGCUUCCUCAUCCUGCCCAAUAUCCAACUUCUGGUCGCCGAGUUCCACACGAAGCCAGAGUCGACAAAGUUAUGAGUCACCGUUACCUGAAAAUGAGCUGAAUCCAGUUCAGCUUCCGUGCCACCAACCAAGGGACAAUCACCGCAAGGCUGUGUUUAUCAAUUCAGAACUCAAUCACAAUGGCAGAGCUUCUACUGCCUCUGAAAAUACAGACUUUGGGUUUAACGUUUGCCAUUCCUUGCCUUCUACCAUUAACACUGAGGAACCAGUUACUAUGGUCUUCAUGGGCUACCACAAUGUUGAUGAUGAAAAUGAAACCAGCAAAGUUUUGGGGUUUGAAGGAGCAAUCCGAGCAGAACUGGUCAUGAUCAGUGAUGAUGAUGAUGAGGUGUCUACACAACAAGCAAAGAACCACACUAAUCCUGUAUUUCAUCCAGCUCCUCUUUCAACUGGGAAUGAGAUACAUAAAACAUCAUACGCUGCUAUAACUCUAUCUGCAGGAAAUAACUCACUCUCGAGGAAAUCCACUUUGAUCUCAGGUCAAGAUAAUAAUAAUUCUCCCUAUAGAAAUUACUCAGAUGACCAUAUGGAUAAAGAUGGAAUCCACAGUGACUCCACAGUGUCAGCCUUAGGAACUAAAAUGGCCAGGCUAGGUAAAAAAGUGCUGAUGUAAAGUGGGACGUUCCAUCCAUAACUUGGCCAAUGCUUCUACCUGGAACUGUGAGAGGUACUGUAACUUCGUAAUUACAGGACAGACAAGUGAAAGUGAACACCCAGCAAAGAUGUUGUACUGCAACUGUUCAUCUGCCACAUGUAUACAUUCAAAUUAUGAUAUCCAUUGUAUUUGUUAUAGCUAUCAUUUACCCAAAUAUAACUCUGUCACAAGUAUUCUAACAGAAAAAAAAUGUUUGAUUCAAUUAGUCAAUGCAAAACAACAUUAAAUUGUUGUUAGUCUUUGAAACUGCUUUUCACUUGUGCUCUCUGUGCU